UCGACGAGUCCCAAGAGGGGCAAAAAAAAAACGUAGGAUCUUUCAUUUCGAUUCUUCCCAAAAAUCUCCCGAGCAACCCAACUCGGCCUCAACUCAACCCAACUCGGCCUCGACUCAACCCCGACUCAACUCGGCCACCGAGUCACAAAGUCCCGCGCCGCGUAGGCCAUGCCCUAACUCUCCCCCAAUCGCAAAUUCUAACCUCUUUCAAAUCACAACCAGUACUCUCUCUCUCUCCUUCUCUCUAGAAGUGCGCAUACUCUUCUCGCACCGGCACUGUGCCCCGAAACCCUCGGGCUCGGGCUUCCCCCUCCCCCGUCGCCGAUCUGCCCCCUCGCCGCGCCUCCCCCCCCAUGGCGGAAGAACCGGCAGCCCCUUCGCCGGCGGCGGCGGCGGCGGCGACGGCGGCGCCGCUCGGCCACUCCGUGAUCCCCAUAGUCAACAAGCUCCAGGACAUCUUCGCCCAGCUGGGGAGCCAGUCCACCAUCGAGCUCCCCCAGGUCGCCGUCGUCGGCAGCCAGAGCAGCGGCAAGUCCAGCGUCCUCGAGUCCCUCGUCGGCCGCGACUUCCUGCCCCGCGGCAACGACAUCUGCACCCGCCGCCCCCUCGUCCUCCAGCUCCUCCAGACCAAGCGGAAGCCCGACGGGUCCGAGGAGGAGUACGGCGAGUUCCUGCACUUGCCUGGGAAGCGGUUCCACGACUUCUCCGAGAUUCGGAGAGAGAUUCAGGCCGAGACAGAGAGGGAAGCGGGUGGGAAUAAGGGUGUCACGGACAAGCAGAUUCGUCUUAAGAUUUUCUCUCCUAAUGUUCUAGACAUCACGCUGGUCGAUUUGCCUGGGUUGACCAAAGUUCCGGUGGGUGAUCAGCCCACUGAUAUAGAGGCACGCAUUAGGACGAUGAUAAUGUCUUACAUCAAAGUUCCGAGCUGUUUGAUACUGGCAGUCACGCCAGCAAACUCGGAUUUAGCAAAUUCUGAUGCUCUGCAGAUGGCUGGAAUGGCUGAUCCUGAUGGGCAUCGGACAAUUGGUGUCAUCACUAAGUUAGACAUUAUGGACAGAGGUACAGACGCACGGAAUCUGUUGCUUGGAAAAGUGAUCCCCCUGCGACUAGGUUAUGUGGGUGUUGUGAAUCGCAGCCAAGAGGACAUCUUGCUUAAUCGGAGUAUCAAGGAUGCACGAGUGGCAGAAGAAAAAUUCUUCCGUAGUCGUCCUGUAUACAACGGCCUUGCUGAUCGCUGUGGUGUUCCUCAGUUGGCAAAGAAGUUGAAUCAGAUACUAGUACAACAUAUCAAGGCAGUGCUUCCAGGGCUAAAGUCUCGCAUCAGCUCUGCGCUGGUUUCUGUUGCAAAGGAGCAUGCUAGCUAUGGAGAACUAACUGAAUCAAAGGCUGGUCAGGGAGCCUUGCUACUGAACAUUCUGUCCAAAUACUCUGAUGCAUUUUCUUCAAUGGUCGAGGGAAAGAAUGAAGAAAUGUCUACAUCUGAGCUGUCCGGUGGAGCACGCAUACAUUACAUUUUUCAAUCAAUUUUUGUCAAAAGUUUAGAGGAAGUGGAUCCAUGUGAGGACUUGACUGAUGACGAUAUUCGGACUGCAAUUCAGAAUGCAACGGGUCCUAAAUCUGCAUUAUUUGUGCCAGAAGUAGGUGUACCUUUUGAAGUUCUCAUUCGAAGGCAAAUAGCUCGAUUGUUAGAUCCGAGUAUUCAAUGUGCCAGGUUCAUAUAUGAUGAGUUAAUCAAGAUUAGCCAUCGUUGUCUUGUGAAUGAAUUGCAACGCUUUCCGGUUUUGCGAAAGCGUAUGGAUGAAGUAAUAGGGAACUUUUUGCGGGAAGGUCUCGAGCCAUCCGAGACUAUGAUAGGUCACAUUAUUGAGAUGGAGAUGGACUACAUAAAUACUUCACACCCAAAUUUUGUUGGUGGGAGCAAAGCUGUGGAGAUAGCAAUGCAGCAGAUCAAAUCCUCCAGGGUUUCUUUACCUCUUUCCCGGCAGAAGGAUGGUAUAGAAACUGAUAAGGCACCGACAUCUGAGAGGAGUGUGAAAUCUAGAGCUAUUCUUGCCAGACAAGUCAAUGGAAUUGUACCUGAUCAGGGUGGCCGGCCUGUUGCGGAUGCUGAGAAAGUGGCUCCUUCUGGAAACACAGGUGGUUCAAGUUGGGGUAUUUCGUCAAUAUUUGGUGGCAGCGAUAGCCGUACAUCUGCUAAAGAGAGUUCAACAAGCAAGGCACAUAACGAGCCUGCACACAACAUGGAGCUGGCCAUGUCUAUGAUUCAUUUGAGAGAGCCCCCAACUGUUUUGAGGCCGUCUGAAAGCCAUUCAGAGCAGGAGGCUAUUGAAAUUGCAGUAACGAAACUGCUGCUUAGAUCAUACUAUGACAUUGUGAGGAAGAAUAUUGAGGAUUCUAUUCCGAAAGCAAUUAUGCAUUUCCUGGUGAAUCAUACAAAACGAGAGCUGCACAAUGUUUUCAUCAAAAAGCUUUACAGAGAAAACCUGUUUGAAGAGAUGUUACAAGAACCUGAUGAAAUAGCAAUGAAGAGGAAGCGCACUCGAGAAACCCUCCGAGUUCUUCAGCAAGCUUUCCGGACAUUGGAUGAAUUGCCAUUGGAAGCAGAAACGGUCGAAAAAGGUUACAGUUUGGGUGCUGAUCGAACUGGGUUACCGAAGAUUCAUGGGUUACCAACUUCAUCGAUGUACACAACGAGCGGCAGUUCUGGUGAUUCUUUCGGGGCUUCCCCGAACAAUCCAAAAAGUCGAAAGUCAUCCCACUCUGGAGAGCUGCAGUCGUCACCCUUUUAUGCUAAUGCUGAUUCUAAUGGGAGUGGACGCCCUAACAUGCCCAGUCUUUAUCCAACGCUUGAUCUGUGAAACAUAGGGUUACUUCAUCACGUCCAAGGCUGCAUGGUUUUGCUUACUAUGUCAUUGUGACAUUGUCGCACAAGAGCUUUUCAACCGUGGGGCUGGCUCGAAAUGGUGACUCGUAUAUCCUCAGUGCACAGGCACGAGUCAUGACUGGUGGCGCAUAUCUUCUAUUGAUCUACAAAGUAGCAUUAUAGUUGCAUUUUUUUUGGAAGCUCCUAAAAUUAGUAACAGGGAGCUGAUGAUUCUUUUCUUGUUUCAUUUUCUGGAAAGCAGCUUCUUUUGAUGUGUAAUUUUGGUGGAGAAAAUCUCAUUCUGAGAUUAAUGGAGGAAUCCUUAUGAGAUGCCCUUUGAUAGUUGGCAGGCAAUGGAACCAGAAAACCACCAGCACUGUCUCAUAAUCGUUGAGAGAUUCUCACGAGUUUAUGUUAUGUCCCUUUAUACCUAGCUGAGAAACCGAUUUGAUCUAUUAGGAAUGGCAUCUGUGCGUUUUUUCAUAGAUUUGUUUGAAAUUUUGGGGUUUGCUUAUGCACAACUGUGAUCUGGGUUGUGCAAGAAUUCAAUGUGUACUGAAUGAAUAAGAUGCUAAAUGCCGAUGUACAGCUCAUUUGAUGCUUGAAA